GGAAGAUAAGUCAGCUUCAGCUGAUGGACACCAUCAAGACUCUUAAAAGAGGAAAGGUUGACACCGCAAAAUUAGACAAUGUCCUGGCGAAGCUGGAAGAGAAACUCACAAACAAAGAAGUUCAACAUCUGCCAGUUGACAAGGGGAAGGCCGAUGUUAGUGAACUUGACACUGUUUUGGAGAAAAUGGGACCGGAUUUCUCUGACGAACCGUCUGAAGGACUGGCACCGAGUUGGCAUGUUCAGCUUAGCAAACUAUUGGGUGAAGUUCCUCAAGUUUCAGCAGAGACAGUAGACAUCAGGGACUUGGACAGCAUACUCAGGAAGAUGGAUAUUAAACUCACCAAAGAAGAAGUUGAAGAGCUGAAAAGAAACCUCUCAGUUGAUGAUAAGGGGAAGACGGAUCUAGACUCACUGGUGAAUAUACUAGAAGUUGCCUCAGGAGGAGAAAUUGAUAUCAGCGCUGUGGAAAGUGCCUUAAAAGAUGCGGAGAGAGAGAGAGUGUCCAGAGAACAGCGGGAGCAGAAGUCAUUUCCAGCUUAUGGAAUGCAAGUGGAUGUUCGUGAUCUUGACAGUCUACUUGGAAACAUGACUUUCAAAUUGACACCCGAGGAAUCACCCUCAAAGUCCCCAGAUUAUGGAAGAAAUAUUGGUGACGACAUGAAAACAAUCUCUGAAUACGAGGAAAUGGAACCUGAAAUUCAGUUCCAGCCCUCGGAACUGGUGAAUUACCUACCGACUGAAGUUCAGGAGAAAGUGGAAGCAGACAAGUUUAUGGAUAAAGCAAAAGCUUUUACGGGGAAGAGGAUUCAUAGCGAUGACAUGAAGGGAGUUCUGGGAGACAUGAAGAUUGAGGUCACAGAUGAAGAGCUCAAGAGCCUCCGGGACUCGCUGCCUUUUGUUGGAGGAGAAGUCAAGCUUGAUAAUAUGGACAGUGUCCUGAAAAACCUGGGAGUGAAGCUCACGCCAAAGGAGCAAGAAAGGUUAAUGGAGUAUCUGCCAUCUAGUGAGAGUUCUCAUGGAAAAAUUUCAUUCAAUCAACUGCUAGAUGCAGUGGCAGAGGUUAUAGGGAGAGAAGUUAAUAUCAAAGACAUAAAAGAUACUUUGGAACAAAUGGGACUAGAGCUCACAGACGAGGAAUGCUCCCACGUGGAGAGCAUGCUUCCAAUUAACGCCAGUGGCAUGGUGUACCAGAACAGGUUGCUGGAGGAUGUGCUCGCCUCUAAAAAUGGGAUUGUGGAUGUUGCUAGCAUUGAUAGGAUUUUGCAACAUAUGGGCAUGAAACUCACAGAAAUGGAGAGAGAAGAUUUGACAGAGAAACUGCCUGUUGAUGAGACUGAGAAGGUUGAGUUGAGAAUGUUGCUGAAUUUGCUGAAAGCUUAUACUGGAAAAAAGGUUGAUGUCAAUGAUCUACCAACACUUUUGAGAGACAUGGGGAUUGAACUCACCGAGAGAGAAGAGGAGAUGUUAUUUCAAGCCCUUCCCAAGGAUGAUGCUGGGAUGGUGUAUCAUAACAGAAUGUUGGAAGAAGUGAAGUCUAUGAAAGGAGGAAUGGUUAAAGUCAAUAACCUAGACACUGUCCUGGGAAGUCUGGGCAUUGAGCUCACAGAUAAAGAGCGGGAAAGUCUGGCAGAAAAUCUACCACUCACAGCCAAUGGAAAGAUCCAUCUUGACAAAGUGCUGGAAGUAGUAGACGCAAUUACAGGAGGAGACGUUGAUAUGACUGAUAUGGGAUAUGUUCUGAAGGAAAUGGGAAUAACUCUCUCGGACAAGGAACACAAAGCACUGCUGGAGCAGCUCCCCGUCAGUGAGAAUAAAAAAGUCCACAAGAACAGGAUAAUGGAUGAAUUGAAGUCUCUUAAUCGUGGGACUAUUAGCAUCAAUAAAAUCGACAAAAUUUUGAAAAAUAUGGGGUGCAAGCUCACAAAUGAAGAGAUUAGGGAUCUGAAGCAAAGCAUGCCUGCUGACGUGCAUGGAAAAAUUGCAGUGAAAACAUUGUUCAACAGAUUAAGCGCAUUUACAGGACCAAAGGUUGACGUGAGAUUUCUUCCUGCUAUGAUGAGCAAAAUGGGCCUUGAGCUGACAGACAAGGAACAAAUGAAGCUGAUAAGAGAGCUUCCUGUGGACGAAUCUGGGAAGAUCUAUAAAAACAGAUUAUUGAAUGGGGUAAAGUCUUUCAAAGGAGGAAAAGUUAAAAAAAGCAAAAUAGACACUGUUCUAGAAGGCAUGGGGAUCAAACUUACAGAAAAGGAGCUUGCCCGUCUGAAAGAAAACCUACCGGAUAGCGACAACGGUACAGUUAAUUUCCAGGACCUGAUGGAUGAGGUGAAGACACUCACAGGAAAUGAAGAAAAUAUCAAAGAAGUAAAGAAUAUUCUAGAAGACAUGGGAGUAGAGCUCACACAGCAGGAAUACACAGACCUGUUGGAAAAUCUCCCUGUGGAUGUUGAUGGAAAUUUCUACCAUAAUAGAUUGAUGGACACCCUGAAGUCUCUUAAAGGAGGGAAGGCUGAUGUCAACAAACUGGACUCGGUGAUGAAAAACAUGGGGAUGAAAGUUACAGAAACGGAAUGGAAGGACAUGACCAAGAGCUUACCAGUGGACGAUGGACAAAUUGAAAUGAGGAAGUUGGUCGAUGCAAUGAAAGCUUUUACAGGUAACAAGAUUGCUCUCAGUGAUCUACAAGACAUUCUGGGAAGCAUGGGUAUUGAAUUGACAGAAGAGAUGCUCUCCAAGCUGCAGGAAAGCCUGCCUGUGGACGAUGCUGAAAUGGUUUUUCAGAAAAGAUUGUUGAAUGAAGUGAAGUCUCUCAAAGGAGGGAAAGUUGAUGUCAACAACAAUGACACCAUCCUGGACAAUAUGGGGAUUGAACUCACAGAGGUGGAGCUUAAAGACCUGCAGGAAGCUCUGCCAGUUGACGCUCAUGGGCAAGUUGAACUUCCUGAGUUGAUGGAUAAAGUGAAAACUCUCACAGGAGGAGAGAUUGAUGUCAGUGAUGUAAGAAAUACUCUGAAAAACAUGGGGAUCAGCCUGGAGGAAAAAGAAAUGUUGAAGCUGCUAAAACAUCUUCCAGUCAAUGAAGACGGGAAGGUCUAUCAAAAUCGGCUGAUGGAUAGUCUGAAGUUUCUUAAAGGAGGGACUGUUAGUGCCAAUAAACUGGAUUCUCUUCUGGAGAGAAUGGGCAUAGAAGUCGAAGAAAAGGAGCUUGACAACCUGAUUCAGAAUCUGCAGCGGAAUGUUGAUGGGAGUGUCAGUCUCAGAAAGGUAAUGGAUGAAGUAAAAACCAUUUCUGGAAACAAGGUUGAUGGAAGCAACCUUAAAAGUAUUAAAAGUUAUCUCAGAAGCCUGGGGAUUGAGCUAACAGAUGCAGAAUACUCAGACCUCAAAAAAACCCUGCCUACUGAUGCUGCUGGGAAGUUAUAUCAGAAUAAUGUGCUGGAUGCUGUAAAGUCUCUUAAAGGAGGGACGGUUGAUCUCAGGGACCUGGACAAAGCUCUUGGAAACAUGGGAAUUGAACUCACAGAGAAAGAAAGUAAAAUUCUAAGAGAUAACCUUCCAGUCGAAGCUGGGGAGAAGAUUGAGCUCAGGAAGCUUCUAGAUGAAGUAAAUGUGUUGAGAGGAGAAUCUAUUGAUAUGGAUGAUUUAGAAGACAUUCUGGAAAACAUGGGGCUAGAACUUACAGAAAAGGAAUUCCUGAAGCUGGUGAGAAAGUUACAAGCCGAUGCUGGUAGAAAAACCUAUCAUAAGAGGUUGCUGGAGGGUUUGAAGACACUUCCAGAAGGGAAAGUCAAGGCUGGAAAGGUGGACAAGUUUCUGAAGAACAUGAGGAUAAACAUCUCAGAAAAAGAACUUAAAGAUCUAACACAAAGCCUGCCUGUUAGUGCUGAUGGGAAAGUUGAUAUUAAAAAUAUAAUGAACGAAGCAAAAGUUUUCACAGGUGAAAAGAUUGAUGUCAGUAACCUGGAAAAUAGGCUGGGAAACUUGGGGAUUGAGUUUAAUGAUUCGGAGUAUAUGAAGUUACUGAAAACCCUACCAGUGGACGAUAAUGGGACAGUGCACUGGGCUAGAGUCCUGAAGGAGUUGAAAUCUCUCAGAGGAGGAACACUUGAUGUCAAAAGCCUGAAGUCUUUCCUGGAUAUCAUGGGUAUCGAGCUUGCCAACAAGGAGGUGGAAGAGCUGAGGGACAGCCUGCCGGUUGAUGCUAAUGGGAAAGUUGACCUAAUUAAGGUGAUGGAUGGAGCAAAAACCUUUACAGGAGAAAAAAUUGGUAUUGAUGAUGUAAAAACUGUUCUGAAAAACAUGGGGCUAGAGUACAAAGAUGAAGAAUUCUCCAAACUGAUGGAAAAUCUGCAGUUUGACGAUAAUGGAAAGAUCUUUCAAAACAAGUUACUGGAGAAAGUGAAGUCUCUGAAAGAUGGGCAGGUCAGCACCAGCAAUCUGAAACCUCUGCUGGAAAAGCUAGGGAUCCUGCUCAAGGACAACGAAUACAAGGAUCUGGUACAAAACCUCCCUGCCGGUGUUCUCAGGAAGGUCUCUCUAGAUACACUGAUGAAAAAGCUGAAGGCUUUCACAGGAGACAAGGUUGAUUCCAGUGACCUGAGGAACAUCUUAAAGAACCUUGGGAUUGAACUCACAGAGAAGGAACAAGAAAGGUUGCUGAAAACACUGCCAGCUGAUGACUCUGGGAAGGUGUAUUACAACAGACUGCUGAAAGGUGUGAAAUCCGUCAAUGAGGGAAAGGUUCAUGUAAAUAGCCUGGACAAUCUCCUCAAAAGACUGGGAAUCAAUCUCAGUGAAGAGGAAUUCGCAAAGCUGUCAGAAGACCUACCAGUGGACGCUCAUGGGAAGACUGAUCUGGGAAAGGUGAUGGAUAGACUGAAAGCUGCCACAGGAGGAGAAGUGGAUAACAAAAAUGUGGAAACUGUUAUAUCAAAAAUGGGAAUAGAGCUUUCAGACAGCGAACUCUCGAAACUGAUGGAAAAUCUGCCUUUCGAUGAUGAUGGCAAGGUCUUUAAGAACCGGUUACUGGAAGUCGUGAAGUCUCUCAAAGGUGGUAGAGUCGAUGCCAACAACCUGAACACAGUUCUGAACAAUAUGGGAGUCAAGCUUUCAAAUCCGGAGCUUAGAGAUCUGAGUCAAAGCAUGCAUGUUGGUGUUGAUGAGAAAAUUCCUCUCCAAACACUGCUGGAAAUGCUGAAAGACUUUACAGGUGAGAGGAUUGAGCCUAGUGAUGUACACCGUUUCCUGGCAAACCUUUAUAUCGAGCUCACAGACAAGGAACUGGAAAACCUGUUGAAAACACUGCCCCUCGAUGAUACUGGGAAGUUUCAUAGUAACAGGCUGCUGAAGGGUGUGAAGGAUCUCAAAGGGGGUAAGAUCAAAAAGGAUGGUCUCCACAGUUCUUUGGAAAAUAUGGGAAUAAAACUCUCAAUGGAGGAAUUUGCUGAAGUGACAAAAAACCUAGAAACUGAUGCAAAGGGGAAUGCUGAUCUGCAGAAAGUGAUGGAGAGAGUAAAAGCUGUCAUGGAAAAUGUCAGUAUAAAAAAUCUGGAAGGUGCUCUAAGCAACGUGGGCAUCAAGCUGACCAACAAAGAAAUUGAAGACCUGACAAAAAGCCUUCCUGUUGGUGCUGAUAAUAAAGUACAUCUGAAAACUUUACAAGAUGAAGCAAAAGCUUUUACUGGUGAAAAAAUUGACUCUAGUGACCUCCAAAGUACACUGAAGACUCUGGGGAUUGAGCUUUCCAACAAGGACUUGAAGCAACUCCUGAAAACGCUGCCCGUCGAUGAUAAUGAGAAGGUGUUUCAAAACAGACUGCUGAAAGACUUGAGGAACAGCAGACGUGAGUAACUACGAGAAGGCGUUUGACCACCCUCUGCUGUUGAAUUUGCAUUAGUUCAG